AUGAUUAACAUGUUGGUCCGGAUAUUCAACUGGAUAUGGAAACACGAGUACGCGCCGAAGCGAUGGAGAGAAGGAGUAGUCGUGAAUCUGUUCAAAAAGGGGGAUAGAACUGACCCGGGGAAUUAUCGAGGGAUAACCUUGCUGAGCACAGUGGGGAAACUCUUUGGCAAGAUGAUAAACAAUAGAAUGGGAGACAUGUUGGAGGGGAAACAAAAGAUCAGCGAAGGACAAGCUGGAUUUAGACCAGAUCGUAGUUGUGUAGACCAUGUAUAUACGUUGAGUAAAAUUAUCCAAGGACAAGCUGGAUUUAGACCAGAUCGUGGUUGUGUAGAUCAUGUAUAUACGUUGAGUAAUAUUAUCCAAGGUAGGAAAGACACCGGGCGUACGACAUACUGUUUCUUCCUAGAUGUACAAAAAGCCUACGACACCGUUUGGCGCAAUGGAUUGUGGAAAAAGAUGUGGGACAUAGGGAUCCGGGGGAAAAUGUGGAGGAUGUUGAAAAAGAUGACAGAAUGCACAAGAAGUGCAGUGAUGUUGGAUGGGGAAAUCUCGAAGUACGUGGAUAUACUCCAAGGAGUCGCACAGGGCUGUACGAUGUCACCCACUCUUUUCAAGAUCUACAUCAACGACUUGAUAAGGGCGGUUGAAGCAGAACAAAUAGAUGCGGCAGGAGGAUACACCCGAAAAUGGAGACUGUCGGCGAACGUAGGAAAAUGCGCAGUAGUGGUGUGCAACGAAGACAAGAAAAAUCCCGUAGAAUUCAAAUGGAAAUGGGGGGAGGAAGAACUACCGGUAGUAGCCAGGUAUACGUACCUGGGAGUAGAGAUUUCGAAGGAGUGCUCAUGGGACGCACACAUAGCAAAGUUGAUUGGGAAGGGUAAAGCUCAGAUCGGCAAGAUGGACGAGAUCCUUACGA